AUGUCUAGUAGUGAUGAGCUUUUGGCAGGGUUUCUGCCCGGUCGUGCCUACAUCAGAUUGUACAAACGGACGCAGAAUGGGAGCAGUGAUCCGUAUGUCCUUCCUGUAACUGAAGUGAAUACUUGGGAGAAACUUCUCAAAUUUUCAAAAAGGAUCUUCGACAUUGAUAGUCCGCCGAGAGUAUUUACCGGAGAUAACUGCCCUGUACCACCUGGCUUCUGGGCUGACAUACUUCUUGGAGCUGGUCGAUCUGGUCAAUGUUUUUAUCUUGAAAUUCAUCCGGAGCGGUACACUGGAUGCAAAAGACAGCCACCCGCGGCAAAGAGAAAUCCUUCGUCCGGAAAAACCCCCCCUCCCGAAGAAAUAAACCUUUCGAACCUAUAUCCCCAUAUCUAUGUUUUGAAAAACUGGCUCAAAAUAUGA